AUGAGCUCUCGGAUGAGGGCUGUAGUGAUGUUUCUACUGCUGCUUCCAUCUUGCAGGCUAGAAGCAUGCCUGCUCACCUCCGUCUGCUGCCAGGUUGUGGCUUCCAUGCUCUUCAGCAACCAAAGCCUGACCUACCUGGAUCUGAACAAGAAUGACUUCAGCAUCCACGACAUACUGACCCUAUGUCCCCUUUGCUCCCUAUUAGCAAAGAAUCUACCUUUCCACCCAGACCCGAGCUCGCAGCCUUGCGCUAAGAUGGAAAACAACAGAACAUCCUUCCUUUCCUGCUUUGGAUUGCAAUGGUGUCUCCAGGAACUUGACAAAGAAGAGCUCCAGACCUUCAAGGAAUUACUCAAAAUCUCUUCAGAUCUGACCACACACUCUGUGCCACAGCUGGAAAUAGACAAUGCCAGUGCAGAGUGUCUGGCCUUCCUCUUGCACGAGUAUCAUAAGGGACCUCGUGCCUGGGCGAUCACCACUCACAUCUUUGACAGCAUGAACCUGCCCAUGCUCUCUGAGAAAGCAAGAGAGGAGAUGAAGACUGACUUUCCCAAAGAUUCUGAAUCAAUAAAGACUGGCCAAGGACCAAGCGUGGAAGAAGUACCAGUGGAGAGAACAAGCCAGCAUGAACCAGAUGCUAAAUUCCCCAAACAUGGGAGUACCAACCAUGUUCCAGAAUUUUCACAAGCUGUGGAGCAAGAGGGUACCACAGAAGUAGAGACCAAAGAGCAAGGUCACGAAGACGACAGCUGGGGCUACAAGCAUCACGUGAUGACCAAGUUUGCCACAAAGAUGGAUGCAGACCCCGAGUUUUUUGAGAAAGUCGCCCUGGACUGGCCAGAAACGCACCUGCUGAUGGACGCCUUCAACCCAGACCAGACGGGCUUCCAGCCCCGCACCGUGGUCCUGCACGGACAGCCUGGGGUGGGGAAGUCGGCACUAGCCCGAAGCAUUAUGCUGAGCUGGGCACGAGGCCAGCUCUAUCCGGGCAGGUUCUCUUACAUCUUCUUUCUCCACACCAGAGACACCAAAAGGAGGGAAACCAGCUUUGCAGAGUUGAUCUCCAGGGAGUGGCCGGACUCCCAGGUGCCUGUGGCGGAUAUCCUGUCCCAACCGGCCAGGCUCCUGUUCGUUGUGGAUAGUUUUGAUGACCUAGACUCUACAUUCAGGGCCGACAGGCCCAGGCUCUGCAGUGACUGGGCUGAGAAACAGCCCGCGUCCAUCUUGAUCGGCAGCCUGCUGAAGAAAGUCCUGCUGCCUGAGUCCUCCUUGGUGGUCACCUCCAGGGACACGGGCCUGAGGAAGCUCCAGUCGGUGGCCGUGGCUGCCCGUUACCUGCUGGUCAAGGGCAUCUCAGCAGAGAGGAGGGCUCAGUGGCUGCUGCUGGGACACACGGCAGACGGAGAGCACCAGGGGGUGCAGGGGCCACGCGCAGUGAUGGCCAACCACCAGCUCUUCGACCAGUGCCGGGCACCGGCCGUGUGCCAGCUUGUCCAGGAGGCCCUGCGGCUGCAGGAGGCAACGGGCGAGGGCCCAGGCCCUGCCUGCCACACCCUCACCAGCCUGUAUACCACUUUUGUGUUCCACCAGCUGGCCCCCCACGCUGUGUUCCCACGCUGCCUGGGUCCCGCAGAGACGGCUGUCCUGCAGGGUGUGUGCCGCCUGGCUGCGGGGGGCGUGUGGAGUCUGAAGUCUGCAUUUGACCGUGAUGACCUCUUGGCCCAUGACCUCGGGGAGCCUCAGCUGUCCACUCUGCUCCACACGGGCGUCUUCCUCCAGGACAGCCUCCCCGAGAGGCACUAUAAGUUCCUCCAUCCCAGCCUCCAGGGGUUCUGUGCAGCCUUGUACUACGUCCUGCAGGAGCUGGGGGGAGAGCCGGUCAUGGGCCCCCCGUCCGUGGAGAAGCUGAAGGUCUGGGUGGAGCUGAGGCAGACGGGCAUCCACCACCACUGGCCGUGGAUGAAGCGUUUCCUGUUCGGCCUUGUGGGCAGAGAUGCGUCCCGGGCGCUGGGGGUCCUGCUGGGCUGUCCCGUGCCCCUGCAGGUGAAGCAGACGCUUCUGGGCUGGGUCUCCCUGCUGGGCCAGGGGCCCUGCCCCCCCGAGGACGUCCUGGACGCCUUCCACUGCCUCUUCGAGACGCAGGACGAGGAGUGUGUGCACACGGCCCUGGAGAGCUUCCGGGAAGUGCGGCUCCCAAUUGGCCAGAGGAUGGACUUGGCCGUGUCUGCCUUCUGUCUCCGGUGCUGCCCAUUUCUGCGGAGAAUCCGGGUGGAUGUCAGAGACAUCUUCUCAAGGGACGAGCCUGCGGGCAUGUGGCCCGGGGCUCCCCAGUGGACGCGGGGCCAGGCCCUUGUGGAGGAGCAGUGGCAAGACUUCUGCUCUGUGCUCAGCACCCACCCCAGCCUGCAGCGACUCGACCUGGGUGGCAGCGUCCUGACCGAAUGGGCCAUGAAGACCCUCUGCGCCAAGCUGAGACGGCCAACCUGCAAAAUCCAGAACCUGAUAUUUAGAGACGCACAGGUCACCCCUGGCCUCCAGUAUCUCUGGGUGACUCUCAUCACCAACCAUCACAUUAAACACCUCGAUCUGGGGAGCUCUCAGCUGAAGGCUGAAGACAUACAGAUGGCGUGUGAAGCGUUAAAACACCCCAACUGUUCCCUGGAGUCUCUGAGGCUGGAUCACUGUGGACUGACCCAUGCCUGUUGCCGGAUGCUCUCCCAAAGCCUCACGACGUCCACCAGCCUCAGAUCUCUUAGCCUGGCCAGGAACAAGGUGACAGACGAGGGGGUGAAGCCUCUCUGCGAGGCCUUGGGGGCCUCCCGGUGCAUCCUGCAGAAGCUGAUGCUGGACAGCUGCGGCCUUGCCGCUGAGGGCUACCAGGUCCUGGCCUCGGCCCUUGUCAGCAACCGGAGCUUGACGCAUCUGUGCCUGUCAGGAAACAGCCUGGGGGAUGAAGAUGUGAGCCUGCUGUGUCGGUCCCUGAGACAUCCCGACUGCAGGCUGCAGAGACUGAUACUAAGUCGGUGCGGCCUGGACGUGGGUGGCUGUGGCUUCCUCGCACUUGCGCUCGCAGGCAACGCACGGCUGACGCACCUUGGCCUUAGCGAGAACCCUUUGGAAGAUAGCGGGGUGAAGCUUCUGUGCGAGGCUACAAGGGAGCCCUUCUGUUGCCUCCAGGACCUGGAGUUGGUGAGAUGUCGUCUCACCACCGCUUGCUGCAAGAGUCUGUCCUGCGCCAUCUCAGAGAGCCCACACCUGAAGAGCUUGGACCUCACAGCCAACAACCUGGGGGAUGGCGGGGUCACAGCACUGUGCGAGGGACUGAAGCAAAGGACCAGUUCUCUGCGGAGGCUCGGGUUGGAGGCAUGCAGCCUGACUUCCGACUCCUGUGAGGCGCUCACCCUGGCCCUGUCCCACAACCAGCACCUGACCAGUUUAAACCUGGCUCGGAAUGACUUCGGUCCUGAAGGAAUGGCCAAACUGUGUUUGGCCUUUGCACAUCCUGCAUCUAAUCUGCGAAUAAUUGGGCUGUCCAAGUGGCAGUAUCCUGAAGAAACAGGGGAGCUUCUGAAAAAUGUGCAGCUCCUGAAACCCCAUAUUGUGGUUGAGGAUCGCUGGUAUUCAUUUGAGGAAGCUGACCGGUACUGGUGGAAAGACUGA